AUGGCUCCAAAAGGAAUAGAUAGAGACCAAUGGACUUCUUUUAUUGACUAUCGUUUAAAUUCAAAAACAAAGGACCAUGCCCUCAAAAAUAAAAACAAUAGGGCAAAGCAAACCAUUGCACACACUGGUGGAUCUAAGAGCCUUGCAAGGAAAAGAGAUGAAAUGGAAAAAGAGUGUGGCCAAAAGGUCAGUAGAGGAGAGGUAUGGAUAGCCACCCACAAGCAUGCUAAUAGAACAUUUGUUAGUGAUGAAGCAAUGGAAAUUGGUGAAAAAAUUCAAUCAUAUGAAUCAAAAUUAUCAAGAUCCCAAUUAAAAGAUGUAUCUAGCACCGAUUCCUUAGCUUUUGCUUUCGGAAGUCAAGAACAUUGCGGACGUGUUAGGGGUUUAGGUUUGGGACCUUGUCCAUCUAAAGUGUUUGGCUUCAAUGCACAUUCAUAUAGUGGGGCGUCUUCGAGUUGUCCUUCUUAUACACAGUUACAAAAUCAGGUAUCUGAUCAAGGAAGUGUUCCCAAUGGAGAAACAAAUGACUCAGAUCAAGAUUGA